CGGGGCGGGCUCGCGGCUCGGCGCGUGCGCAGCGGCGCGCGGCCAUGGCGGACGCGGUGCUGUUCCGGCGCGGCACCGGGCAGAGCGACGACUCGGACAUCUGGGACGACACGGCCCUCAUCAAGGCGUACGACAAGGCGGUGGCCUCCUUCAAGAAUGCCUUGAAAAAUGGGGAGGGCUCGGAGCCUUCAGACAAGCAGGAGCAGCGCCUGGUGAUAAAGAGGAAAAACCAUAAAAAGAACAGAAAUAGAAAGAAGAGCAGCACACCGCCUUUGAAACAGUGGAAGGUUGGUGACAGCUGCAAUGCUGUUUGGUCUGAGGAUGGUAAUUUAUACCUAGCCACUAUUGCCUCCAUCAACCAGAAGAGAGGCACGUGUAUUGUCACUUACACGGGAUAUGGAAAUCAGGAGGAGCAGAACCUGUCUGAUCUACUUCCUCCAACCAGCGAUGAAACAGUAAAUGGGAUGGGGCAUUCUGGGGAGAAUGAGAAUGAGACUCCAUAUUCAACAGAUGAAAGUGAAAAAUCUUUCCAGUCACCCCGAAACAAAAAUAACUGCACAAAAGCAAGAUUCUCCCCUCAAAACCUACRAUUUCCCACACCACCACCACCACCACCAAUCCCAGGCCUAGGAAGGCCUGGAUCAAAAUUCAAGCCACCUCCAUCAUUUUUAUCUUGCUGGCCCCCACCCUUYCCAGCAGGACCACCGUUGAUUCCUCCUCCUCCACCACCCAUGAGGCCAGACUCUGCUGAGGAUGACGAAGCAUUGGGGAGCAUGUUGAUAGCCUGGUACAUGAGCGGUUACCACACUGGAUAUUACCUGGGUUUAAAACAAAGCCGAAUGGAAGCAGCAUCAGAGAGACAAACGCAUGCAAAAUAACUGAACAUUCAUCGUUGUUCUGAAAGACUCCAGGUACAAAUCUUUUCCCCUGAGAACUGUAUAUCACUUAUGCAUUGGUGGUUGGUGGUGAAGAGCUGAAUUUUAUCAAGACCAUUAGUCAUAACAUUUUCUUAACACUGAGCUGUCCCUGUUAAUAAAAAAAUAACUUCAGAGUAGUAAUUAAAUGUGCAUUGAAAUGAACUAUUUCUUAGACCUCUAGUCAAAUGUAUUUUGCAAGCACUGCAGCAACAAAAUAUUUUUUACUUCCCUGAGGCAAUUUCAAGUCUUCUGAUAGAUUUAACUCUUUUGAACCCAUGUAUUAGAUUUCAUUUCUCUCUCAACRUUUCUUGCGUUCCUCAGACUUUUUGUCUGAAUGACAGCACCAGAACUAUUGAUUAUGGUAUCCUCUUUCAGGAGAGAGCUGUGGCAGCAAUGUGUGUGCUGGUGGCACUGACAUGGAAAACAUGUACUGUCAUAGUAAAAUGAACAUCUUACAGGUCUGAUUAGAAUAAUGAAAUAUGACAGAUGGUUUCAGGCAAGCUAUUGUCUUGUUUCAAAUCUGUGAAUAAAAUACUUUUUAAACUUUGAA